CUUGCUCCCGUUUGAAAACUUACAGGCCCGCUGGCUCACCGCCUCGCCACGUCGUGCUCCUGAUACUCCCUCUAGAGGCUGACAAGUUGCGGAGUAGACUAGCGGCAUGAGUUGACUAUAUGUUCCUUUGUCGCCACCAACUCCUGCGAGCACCUGCACAGCGCCACUUCGCAAGCCUCCUCACGAAACGCCAUGCUCCCGCAGUUGCUGCUAUCCCCGAACCGACCUCCCCUCGCCAUGCCCACUGCGCCAGCUCAAGACCAGUCAUCGACGGCGCACCUCCAGGUCGUACGAAUACUGCCGAUACCAACGCUCCAUCACAUAGCUCGAGAACGGCCGGUCACCUUCCCGAGAUACAGGACCAUGAAGACAGCUCAUCUCGCAACUUGCACACGAGACGCUCGUCGCGGUUACCUCGUAUGUCCGACGAGGAGUUCAGCCACAGACCCAUAUGCAACUAUAUACGUCUUCGGAAGUUUGGCAUCCCAGGGUUCCAGCAGCUGACCGCGAAACGCUUUGGUCUCGUAGUAAACGACGCGCUGAGGGGCCGUUGGGCCGGUCCAGAUAUAUUCUCCGACCUCGUGGAGGAUGCCAUCCACGUCUGCGAACGCCAGAACGUCCUGAAGGGUCGUUUCGUCAUCACCCUCGUGCUGAGGAAGCUGGCGAUCGCGCAGGCCAUAACGAAGACGCAAAUUCUCCAGCUCUUACGGACAUUAGAGGCGCACGACGGUCUACGGUUUGUUCCUACUGAAUCUCGCAUCUUCAUUGCUCGUGCCGUGGCAGCAUAUCCACCAGACCAAACCAUUGACGGAGAGCUCUUCGGCUUGCUAGCGCCGUGGCUCCUCCGCGCGUUACCUGAGAAACCUGCGCCCUCCACAGACAAGCCUGGCCUCUGGGAGGAAUCGAGUACAGGAACUCGCGUACCGCGCGUCCUCUGGGCAAUUUACCGUGGCAUCCUGUCCCUUGCACAGAGUAGGGAGCAGACUGGAGCGUCUAACCUUCUGGCGAAGCUUGUCGCAGGCUCCCAUGUCGGCAACGACGCCAUCAACGCGACAAAUUUGUCCGAAAAGGACUACAUCUAUAUCGUCCUCUCUGUUCUGGUCCGCACAUGUCUCUCGCACGGGUGGGUAUCACGUGCAGCUGAGCUUCUCAUGCCUGAGGUUUCUGCUCGCGAGUCGCUGUCGCCCGCCCUCGCUCAGCUUCUUCAGGACUGGGUCGCUGCCGCCCUAGGCGACCCUCGUGAACAGGACCUCAAGCCAGCUGCUCAUGCGCUCAUCCUUCUAUUCCAACGUGCAGAGAAAUUCCAGGCUUCGACCGCCGUUGUCCAGGAAUUCUACGACGCGGCAUUUCGCGCGAAGAUGCCUGAGGUCGUGGAAUCCGUGUAUCGCGCGGCGCGCAAGAUAGAGACGUACCCCUACCCCCCUCCGCGCGGUCAGGCCCUCCUUUACUUCAUGCGUUACCUCCUGCAGAACAGUCGUAACGUUCACUUGGCACGCCUACUCGCCCAGCAAAUCGUGGAAGAAGACAUUCCCCUGCCUCCCACGGUUCGCGGUGACUUCAUCAGCAACAUUGCUGUCUUUGGUUUUACGUCGUACGCACGCGCUCUCUGGGAACGUUAUUCGACCGGACCCGACAUGCUAUACGUGGUUGGACGUCGAGCCGUGAUGCUUCGUCUCGUCAGCGCUUUCCUCAAGGCUGAGGCAAUCGUGAUGCGGACUGUUCGCCAGCGGUGGCCCAGUGAGCCCACGGUGGCUCCCCGGAUAAACCAGCUGGAUGAGGCUGCCCGACGUGUGGAUGAUCAGGACGAAGACGUACAGGCAUCUUCCAGCGAGACACGGCCGGACGACCGAGUCGAAGAAGAUCACCCCGCAUCUGAUGCUCCACAUCCAGCUGCAUCCCCACCCCCGCACGGGAUCGCGGACGAGGAUGCUGAGCUGGUCUCCGGGCUGUCAUCCGACGCGGAUGACCUCGCCGCCCCUACGGGGGAGGACGGAAGUGGCCGCCGACCACUCGGGUUCGCCGCACUGACGCGCUCGGAGCUGCUCGAGCGUGCGGGGGACCUCCGACGAUUCGCCGAACGCGUCUUCGACGCGUAUGUCGCGUGUAAGCCGCCGCUGGAGGCUUUGGACCAUUAUGGGCUCAACGCGCUUGCGCGCGGGGCGUUCAUGCUCGGGCGUGACCAGAUGGCGUUCGAGGUCUUCUCCGCGAUGAAGAAGCGGGGCAUCAAGCUGGACAUGUACGACGUCAACGUCGCGCUCUCAGUCGUCGCGAAGGCAGACCCUGCCGCGGGGUUCGCUCGCAUCCGGAGGAUGCUUGCCUCUGGCUUCAAGCCGGACGCGGCCACGUACGGGACGGUCAUCCAUUGGGCGGUCUACCACGGGGACGCACCAUUGGUCGGAGAGGUCUUGCGCUUCGCGCGUGCGAACGGGCUCAAGAACUUUUCGUUCAAGACGAUGGGCUCUCUCCUGCACGCGACGGUCUCAUCGCAGUUCGACUCGCUUACCACGCCUGGCGCGCAGCUGGACAACGCGCGGGGCAUCGUCGACAACAUGUUCGACGUGGGGAUCCUCCCUACUGUCAACAUGGGUCGCGACUGUGUCAUCGCCGCGCUCCGCGCGGAGGACCCCGUCAUGGCGUUCAGCUUUUGGAAGCAGCUCCUCCGAGGCAAGGUGCAGUAUACGGACCCCGCUCAAGCAGCCCUCCGGAGGCGUAUCGUCUACCAGAUCCGAGAGCACUACUCGUCAGGGUGGCUGGACGAGAAACGGGCGCGGGCGAUGCUCUCGGAGCUGGGGUAUCCUUCCGAACUCCCGUUGCACGUCAAGCAGCGUCUCGGGGCAGGAGCCCCGGAGAUUGACGACGCAGGGCCCCUCAGCGCUCAGUAGCGCAGAACUCGCGAGUGUGUAGUCUAAAGGCCCCGAAGCCGGGUGAUCUCAGUCGAACGGUUCCGAUGGAAGGCACGGACGAGAAGCGCUGUUGGAUGCGUUGGGGUCUCCCUGCUGAGGUCGAGGGCGAAGAGGCGAAGGCGCCGCGAUCAUGCGGGGACUGCAUCCGGUGCGUCCGCGCAUCGCUCGUGUCCCAACGCAGAUGCGCUUCUGGAGCUUGCAAUUGGCCUGUGGCAGGCGCCCGGCGCAGUGUCCGGCUGAUGAUGGGUGGUCGCUAUGUAUACUGGAGGUCGUUCACGUGGGAAGGCAGGCUGGUAGGCCUUAUGACUUCAAACGGGCGAUGCUGGUCUCGCGGGCGGACACUGUCGCUGACGGACGGGUAUGACGACGGAUGUAGGGCUUGACGGAUGUGCGCCGUGUGGUCGGCUGGGGAGGGAUGAUGGGGGCGGUACUUAGAGUAGCGUAUUGAACAGCAUGGCUGUCGUAAUUGCAGGGCGAAUAAUCCCAUGGAGAGACAUGCAUCAC